CUGUGUAUUUGAUAUUAACCAACCGCUGAAAGUAAACGUUAAACGUUGUGUUCGCUGUAAUAAACAAGUGAAGUUUAUUUUGGCGUUGUCACCGCCGUACUUGGCGUUUAUGCGGCCGCCUACUCCAUUAAGAGAUGGUGGAGUUUAUGAAUAAUUCUACGUAAAUUGGCUUGUCUCAACAAGUGCGCUUGGGUGGGUAUUAGGCGCUCAGUUUACGAGACACAGUUGCGUGCUAGUUACUUAUGCAGUAUCACGCCAUGGCAGUAUCAGUUUGAGUUGUGAUAAACUGACUGCAAGACCGUUGAAAGCGUUAAAGUUCAUGAACCACGCUAAGUGCUUAACUACGACAGAUUAGAUUAGCGGCUUGCUAUGUGUUUAAGCAGCUUGGGGAUAAUCAAGCCGCAUAUCAUGGUAGGGCGUUUGUUUUGAAGGUGACAAUGAACAAUAGAUGGACAGAAGUUUUUGAAUUAUUUAACUAAGAUGCGAUUAAAUGUUGGAAUACGCAAUUUAUUGAACAUUAUUGUGGUCGCGUAUAUUGGAAUACUUUGCAGAGGAGCGUCAAGCCAACGUUCAGAAGUGAAGCAGCCAGAUACGACAGCGAUUACGAAGGAGCAAUUCACAGGGCUUUCUGGAUCUCUAAACACGCUUAUGAGCAGCGAAAUUAAUCUCGCUGGGAACCGGCAGCCAUCGAAUAUUUGUCCUAAUCAGUGCCUUUGCUUGGUGAUGAACGAUCAAUCUGGUUACAACGUAACUUGCUUAAAAGGAGCGAAAAUGUCGUCGCUUGAACUUCCAGGCAACAUGGAGUAUUUUUCUUACACAGGCGGCAAGUUUCCACAGCGUAUUGUUCGAGCGAAAGACUUUACUUUGUUCACAAACUUAACUUAUUUGGACCUGAGUAACAACGGUAUACGACGAAUAGAAACCGGGGCUUUUAAGUGGCUUAAGAAUCUGAGAACUCUCGUUUUGGACGACAACUAUUUAGCCGACUCUGAUUCGUCGUUUCUUCGCCAUAUUUCUACAACAUUGCGUUAUCUCAGUCUGCGCAACAUAAUUGCACCAAACCAACCGCGCCAAUUCCGAUGGUCGUUUCUAUCAGGAACAAGCAAAAGUUCAAGCGCUCACCAAACUGUUAGGUUUACGAAUCUUCGAAUUCUACGGUUGGACAGGAAUGGAAUCAACAGUAUUAGCUUGGACGUUUUGGAAAACGCAAAUAUUUUACAAAAUUUGGAAGUUUUAUCGUUAUCGGGAAAUUCUUUGGCGAGGCAGUCUCUAAGUGCCAUAGUGCGAAUUUCAUACAUUAUUAAGAAACGUAGAACGCCGGAAAGUCAAGGAUCGACAAACCUAACCACAUCUGUCAAUCAAAACUUACCGAAGGCAGAAUUUACAAUAGACCUAAGUCGCAACAACAUUUCUUUUUUGGACGUAUACGAUCUAAACGCUCUGACACAAAGUCAGUCAAAACACGGCGUUCCUUUGAUCCGACUUCAGCUCGCUGGCAACCCAAUCAAUUGCAUCUGCAGAAUAAAAGGCUUCAUGGAGUUUCUGUUCAGAGAGAACGGAACAAGUGUGGUUGCGGAUUGGAAACAUCUCAAGUGUUCGAAACCCCGCGACCUCAGAGGCGCGAAAUUGCAUUAUUUGGAAGAGGUUAAAGUUCACUACUGUCAUGGCGAUUGGGGGAACAGUAGUUACAUUAAACUUGCACCUGCGCAACUUGCGUUUGUGGUCGUGUGCUCCACAACUCUGUGCAUUGUAAGUUUGGCCGUUCUCUACCUCAACAGAAGCAAAUGUAUAAACUACUGGAAUAUUUUAAAGAACUGCGGGGAGGAUGACGAGGAUUACCGCAACAAAAUAAGAUGGAGAAACAAACAGUUUACAAACAAAUAUUCGAUCCCGCUCGAUCACAAAGGCAUCGGACAUAGCGGAUACUUUUCAGAAGAAAUAGCGACUUAUCAUUCGAAUGGAACUAUUGUACGUGCUGGGAAACAUAAGAGUGAUGACAAUCUGUAAAGGUGCAUUAAUGUCGGCGAAAAUUUUCGUAACAUGUUUCAUUCUUGAAGGACAUACUUUUGUCUAAAAUCUUUUGUCUAGAAUAAACUGCACAAAAGGAAAUGAGCUUAUCUUGGGAAAUACGACUUUUUCUAUAGUUGGUGAUUUAUUUAGAAAUGAGUAUAUGUUGCACGUUAGAAUGGGGCUAUAGAAAAUAAUUCCCAAUAUAGUGAUGGGGGAAGAUGGGACACCUUUCCAUUCUAUUUUCUCGUCCCAUCUGGUAUUAAACCAAGAACAUUCAAAGAAUUGUAAAAC